UUUAAAUUUAAUAUAUUAAAAAGGGGGGAAAAAAAAAGAAAGGUCUUCAAUUUAUAUCGAUUUGAUUAAUUUCCAAGCAAAGGAACUCAUUGGCUUACGAAUCGGACUCUCCCACCGGGGAAAAAAGUUUCAUCUUUUAGAUAAAAGAAAAUGCGUGAUCAUCUCGUAGUAUGUGUUGACCGCCUUACGAAAUCCGAAAGUUUGAAACCAGUGAAUGAACCCGAGGUUGCAGGACCUUCGGGUGAAGGUUCUUUUAUAGUUGCUGAGCCACAUGUUUGUGCUAUUGAUGUUGAAGAAGUGGAAGAACACAGUUCAUGUGACGAAGAAGAACCGCUUAUCCAAACGGUUGAAUGCCGAAUCUGCCAGGAUGAAGACAACAUUAACAAUUUGGAGACACCUUGCUCAUGCAGUGGCAGUUUGAAGUUUGCUCAUAGGAAAUGUGUUCAAAGGUGGUGCAACGAGAAAGGAGACAUAACGUGUGAGAUAUGUCAUCAGCCUUAUCAACCAGGAUAUACUGCACCACCACCUCCCCCUCGGCCAGAGGUUGCUACAAUUGAUAUCAGUGAGUGGACGGUCGCUGGUGCUCCUUUGGGUUUACACGACCAACGGAUUUUAGCAGUAGCAGCAGAACACCGUAUUUUAGAUCAUGGCUAUGAUGAAUAUGCCGAGCCCGAUUCUAGUGGAACUGAAUUUUUCCGUGCUGCUGCCUUAACCCUAAUGGCUCUUCUUUCCUUGAGGCAUGCUUUGUAUCUAACCAGUGGAGAAGAGGAUGAUGAUUUAUCUCGAUUUAUCUCUCUUCUCCUGCUUCGAGCUGCCAGCUUUCUUCUCCCCUGUUACAUUGUGGCCUGGGCUAUCAGCAUAUUUAAGCACCGUGGGCAGCGGCAGGAAGCUGCAGCUAUCGCAGCGGCUGAUGUUGCAGUGAUGAUACAGGGAACACGACCUCGGGCUGUACAUUACAGUAUAGCAGCGGGACCUUCAGCAACUCUUCAACAGGAGGGACCUCAGGCCAUACAUUACAGUGUAGCAUCGGGACUUUCCAUGACUCAACCAGAGCAACCUCAUACCAUACAUUACAGUAUAGCAGCACCAGGACCUUCUGCGACUCCUCAACAGGAGCAGCCUCUUACCAUACAUUACAGUAUAGCAGCACCGGGACCUUCCGCAACUCCUCAACGGAAGGCAUCACUUCAAUAGUGUGACAGUCGUUUUCACUGGCAAGAGGCUUCGGUGGUGAAUGCGGACUCCAGAUAAUGUAUCUAAUAUGGGCCUAUUCAAUUUUCUUUUGGGCACUUGUAAUCAAGAUGUCCCUGCUAGUUUCGGCACUGAACCUCUACGAUAUAUAUAGUGAAUGUCAAGGGAGUUGCUCAGGAGAAAAACCUCAAGCUCAUUGAUGUGGGCGUUCUGGUUGUAGGGGGACAUGCUGGUAUCACCAUUUUACCAUUGCUGUCAAAGACGGAACCCACUGUUAGCUUUACUGAUGAAGAACUGGAGCAACUGAUUGUCUGGAUCCAAAAUGGCGGGACAGAGGCUGUGGAGGCAAAGGCAGGUGCAGGGUCUGCCACCUUGUCCACGGCCUAUUGAUAUGCUACCACCUAUACGCACCUACUUUAUUUGCUUAUCUUCAGAUUGUGUUGUACUGCAAAUGAUUGAUUCUUAAAGCUAUAAAUAGGGUUUUAGGUCCAGCUAUGUUUUCAUUUUUUGCAUUUGUUCUUCAAGAGAUUGGUCCUCUCCAUGUGGACUACCUCUGUUUUAGAGAAGUUAUUCAAUAAAGAUUUGUUUUUUCUUCUA